AUGGAGAAUCAGGAGCCUGAAAUCGAGAAAUUGCCUCAAGAUGACGUUCCUGAUCGAGAACCAGACCAGAAGAAGCUCAAGAUUUCCACCACCGGCGAUGAAACAAAUUCGUCGACUGCUGCAGCCGGCGGAAGCGGCGGCGCUGAGCGCAGACCACCGAAAUACAGACGACGAAAAGUCGCCAUAGUGUUUGCGUUUUGCGGUGUUGGGUAUCAGGGAAUGCAAAAGAAUCCCGGCGCGAAAACCAUUGAAGGCGAGCUCGAAGAGGCACUCUUCCACGCCGGUGCCGUACCUGAAGCCGAUCGGAACAAACCAAGACAGUACGAGUGGGCUCGAUCAGCUCGCACUGAUAAGGGCGUGAGUGCGGUGGGACAGGUGGUUUCUGGUCGAUUCUACGUUGAUCCGCCUGGGUUUGUUGAGCGGCUUAACUCGAAUCUCCCUGAUCAGAUUCGAGUGUUUGGGUACAAGCGUGUCGCGCCUUCGUUCAGCUCCAAGAAAUUCUGCGAUCGGAGGAGGUAUGUGUAUUUGAUUCCGGUUUUUGCACUUGAUCCAUGCUCACAUAGCGAAGCUGAGAUGGUUAGGUUGGAAUCAGGAUACGAAUAUGUCAAAUGUGUUGAGUGUUCUGAGAAAGGCUAUAAGAUCCCACAUGGUGUUAUGGGCAAAGACACUUGUGAUGAUACUAAAUCUUUGGAGGUUGAAUCAGACAUUUCGUCGAGCAACUGUGAUGCAAUCAAGUGUGAAACUUUGAGCUCUAAUGUACUUAAUGGAGAGAGUAGCUUGAACUCAGAAUUUCUAGAUGGAGUUGAUGCAUCUGCUCGUGUUAAGACCGUGGAAACUCCUGAUUCAAGCUCUAUAACAGAGGAUAUGCAACUCGAGGGUUCUUUGAAAGGAUCGGAUACUUUGGCUAAGGAAGAGAUGAACAAUGGGGAAGGAAUAGACAUGAGUAAGAGCGAGAGCAAUUUCUGUUAUGGGGAAAAGGAAAAGGAGAGAUUAAACAGAAUACUAAGCUAUUAUGUUGGUUCACAUAACUUCCACAACUUCACCACCAGGACGAAAGCAGCAGAUCCAGCUGCGAAUCGGUACAUUCUCUCCUUCACUGCGAACACGGUUAUUAAUCUCGAUGGAAAAGCCUUUGUGAAGUGUGAAGUUGUUGGACAAAGCUUCAUGCUUCAUCAGAUCAGGAAAAUGAUCGGACUUGCUGUUGCAGUCAUGAGGAACUAUGCCCCUGAAUCACUGAUCGUAGAUGCCUUCAAGAAGGAUGUGAGGAUAAAUGUACCAAUGGCGCCGGAAGUGGGAUUAUACCUUGAUGAAUGCUUCUUCACGUCUUACAACAAAAGAUUCAAAGGCACUCAUGACGAGGUGUCAAUGGAAGAAUACAAGGAAGUAGCUGAAGAAUUCAAAUGGAAGCAUGUUUACUCUCAUAUUGGCUCAGCAGAAGAAAAAGAUGGAGCUGUGGCGAUUUGGUUGCAUUCAUUGAACCAAAGAAACUAUCCAGACCUACGCAAUGAAUGCAAACCGGAUGAAGUCAUUGUCUAUAAGAAGAUUGAAGAAAAGAUCCAUGAAGAGAAAAUUACAGUGAAAGAGAGCACUAAUGGCACUGCAGAGCUAGUCAUUGUUGAUAAGGUAAACGAUGGAACCUCUGAAGAAAAGAUUUUGGAAGAGAGGAUUACAGUGGAAGAGAAUGCUACUGCGUGA